UUGCGUUCAUGUUGAGUGCUCGUUUUGUUAGUGGUUCGUAAAAUAAAUUUUUCGAAAACUUUUUCUUUUUCCAUGUUACUUCUAUAUGUCCAUGUGAUUUUAUUUAUAACAAAAAAUAUAAACUUUUAGCUAGCUAUUAGUGAAUUUAAAAAUACUAUACAAACUUUGAAAGAAAAAAAUCAUAGUUUUUCAAAAUUAAUCAUAUAACAAAUACACAAUGAGUACAGAAUAUGAAAAGAAGAUAUCUGAACUGGAAAAGAAAAUUAAGCAUUUCCCAAAUUUUCCUAAAGAAGGAAUUUUAUUUUGGGACAUAUUCUCAGCUAUUUCGGACGGGGCGGCAUGUAAGCUAUUACAAGGACUUCUAAUAGAAACAAUAAAGACAAAAUUCCCACAAGCCGAAGCUGUUGUGGGUUUGGAAUCCAGAGGCUUUCUGUUUUCAUUCUCUGUUGCCGCUGAAUUGGGCAUAGGAUGUUUACCAGUAAGAAAGAAAGGCAAACUUCCUGGUGAUGUCAUUUCGUAUAAAUAUGAUUUGGAAUAUGGAUCAGACACGCUUGAAAUACAAAAGGACUCAAUAAAACCGGGUUUAAAGUGCGUCAUAGUCGACGAUUUAAUAGCAACAGGAGGUUCAUUGAACGCAGCCAUACAACUUCUGACGAACUGUGGUGCGGAUGUUGUUGGAUGCCUUAUUAUCAUGGAGCUAGAGUCCUUGAAAGGUCGUAAGAACAUAUCGACAGAUGUACCUAUUCAUUCUCUUAUCAAAUAUGAUUGAUUGUUACGCUCAAAAUUUUGAUUUGUUAUUUAUAAAUGGCUAUAAAAGACUUUCAUUUUAUACAUCUAUGUAUUUUGUUGACAAUUUAAGGAAAAAAGGGUUAAUGUAAUUUUUUUUUUCAAUUGUACACGGAUUUGUUUUUGAUUUUUAAAUGUGACUAACAAUUUUAAAUAAUGAUAACGACCGAAGUGGUUUGUCAUAAUAGUCUUUAUGUUGGAUUAAAUUCAUUCGGAAAAGGUUCAUAAAAAUAAUUCAUAAUAAUUUUUCAGUUUUGUGUUAAUUCGAAGAUUAAAUAUACUCUUUGCUGUUAUAAUGACAUUUCACGCAUCGGCCCAAAUUAUAUAAUACAUAAUUUUUUCAUUAAUAAGAGUUGUAAUAAAAUAUGGGUUGUAGAUAACAUAUAUUAUUUGUAUUUUUAUGUCAUGCUCAAGUUUAUAUUGAAAUAUAAACUAAAUAAAAAAAUUCAGUUCGUGAAAUUGUAUAAUGACAUAUACACAAAUGAAUUAAUAUUACUGUAGUUGUUUUGACGAUUUUAAAAUUUUCUUUACUAGACUUGCGACAUUGACUAUAUAAAUUGUGAUGUUUAUGGACAGAAUCCAAUACAAAAAAUAUGUAUAAAAUAUAGUAGAACAGUUUUGUACAUUUACUUUAUUUUUAUUUUAGUUUUUGUUAACAUAGGCAUACUGAACAGUAUUAUCUUAUUGUGAAUGAACAUCCAAACCAAAUUGUUAUUUAAAUAAGUAAUAAUAUACAUAUCCUACACAAUACACAAAAGAAACAUCAAGAAAACUAGAUUUAAUUCGUUAAACGUCAUCUAUUAUCUCAUGCUUGGUUACUCCAAUUAUUAUGAAAACUCAAAAAUAAUUAUUUUAUAUUAUAUUAUAUUAAUUACCUUAUAUAAUUAUUACGAACUCGGCUAUGCAUCCGUUACAAAAUAUGCAAAAAGUUCAUACAAAUAGCUAUGUUCGUUAUAAAAUCGUAUUAUCCAACAUUUUUGGCGGCAAUUUUGACACUUGAGUUUUUCUACAAAUGAAGUUGAAGUAAAAAAAAAAUGUUAUCUUUAUGUUUAGAGGUUAUUAUAAUAUUUUUGUGUUUUCUAUAAAUUAUGAUAUAACAAUAUCUUGCACAACAAAACCAAUUAACAACUACAGCAUUUAUACUGGCAAUUUCUAGUGCAUUUUUAUUUAGUUGUAUGUCAGUUAGGGAUUUAUUUACGUCCUAUAGCAAUAAUAGUAGGCUGUGAUUCGGUGUCAUAUUUUACUUAUGUAUAUUUAAUAAUUUCAAAACAACACAUUUUGAUAAUAUCUAGAAACCAUUUUAUAGGAGGCUUAAAGUCAAUUAUUAUUUUUAACAAUUGCUGUGAAAAUGUAUUAGUAAUAUACCAAAGUGAAAAUUUUAAAUAGCAGAUGUAGAAUAUGUAUAAUAAUAUGUUUAGUUUUAAUUUACUGUA